AUGAAUGUGAGCACAGUGCUGUUGAAAUGUGGAGUGUGUUUGAGCGUGCGCUGGAACUGCUGUGUUUGGGUUUGGUUUCAGGGUCAGAGUCUGCAGGAGCAGAACCAGGGUCAGACCUACAGCUGGGAGUCCUUGGCCUUCGUAGACGAGGACGACCACGACCAAGGAGACAAGGGCGUCCCGGUUCUAGAGGAGAGAAACGGACCUUUACCUCCAGUCAAACCUCAGGAUCCUUCAAACCACACUGUUCCUGCUCCAGCUGUGUCAGACUGCGGUCCUCUACAGUCUGUGACCAGGACACUGAGGACACUGUGGACGUCCACCAGCAGACGGACACACAUACACACACAGGAGCCCUGUCCUCCACCGCUGUCUGACACCAUGACCCCAGAGGAGAUCCAGGCCUGGGAACAGGAGCAGAUGGACAAACCAAUGGAGAUCGACGAGAUCCGGAUCGACCCGUCCCCCUUCCAGCUGGUGGAGAGGACGUCCUUACAUAAGACCCACACCCUGUUCUCCCUGCUGGGCCUGAGUCAUGCCUAUGUGACCAGUAUCGGUAAACUGGUCGGCGUAGUGGCACUGAAGGAGCUCCAGAAGGCCAUUGAAGGCUCCACCCGCUCUGGUGUCCUCCUCCGUCCUCCUCUUGCCAGUUUCAGGGACAUCUCCAACCAUAACUCUGUGUCAAAACCUCCUCCUCCUCCCUCCUCUGCUCCUUUGUCUCCUGGCUCCACCUCCCCUCCCUCCGCCCCCGCCGACCCCUCGCUUCCCCCCGACCCCUCGCUUCCCCCCGACCUCCAUGACGGCCAUCACCACCCUCAGGAGGAGGAGACGGAGGUGUGGAUCGAAGGCGUGUCCAAGGAGGGGGAGGGGAGGAGCAGCCCUGCCCCCCCUCCAUCCUCCACCCCUCCACCCCUCCAGGAUCUCCUCCAGGAGCAGGAGGAUAGUGAUGAUGAGCCCAUGGUUUAGCUUCUGUUUUUAAAAUGAAACUUCUGUUUUUAUAGUCGGUCAUUAUUUGGGUUUGUCGUCCGUUCUUAUUUAACGUUUUUUUAUGUAUUUAUUUUUUGCUUGUCACCUUUUAAGGUUUUUAAUAUAAAUAUUUUUGCGUAACUUUCUGCUUGAACCUGAACAGAACCCGUAGUCUUUACUAAAGACAUUUAUUUCACUUAAAUCCUGUCAUUUUACAGACGUUUACCUUCAGUUUCUGCUGUGGAUGAACCCCCCCCCCCCCCCCAAUUCAAUGCUUUUUAAUAUCGAUACAGUUUUGUGAAAUGAAAUAUCAUGAUAUAUUGCAGAAACCGUAUUUUCUUACAGCACUAGUUUUGACUUUUGUAGAAUGUGUUUGGAAAUCAUCUGAUUCAGUUCAAAGCAUCAGUAGCUGAAUAUAAGGCGGAGUUUCAGUUUCAGUUGGAUCCCAACCAUCAGGGGCCUCAUGUAUACAGAUCUGUGUGGAUUUCAUACGUAAACCUGGUGUACGCUUAAAUCCAGAAACGUCCGUAUAGGGCUGCACGAUUAAUCGAUUUUAAAUUGAAAUCUGAUUUUUUAAUUAGGACGAUUUUUAAAAAAGG